GCAAAGAGGAACGGUACCUACGCUCAACAAUGCUGUAAAUCAGUGAAAAUGAAAGUACAUAUGAUGUUGUAUGAAACGAUGCUAUCAGUGGAUCGUUAACCAGGAAAGCCAUGGACGCGUUUGCUAUUCUCCUUAAUCUGCUUUUUGCGGCAUCUACUUUCAUCCGCUUUACAGUACAAGCUGAUUUUACGUGUCCGCAAAAGAAUGGAAUUUACGAAGAUCCUAAACAAUGCGACAAAUUUUACGAAUGCGAAGAUGGUCAAGUUGUGGAGAAAUUAUGUCCCGAUGGUUUGGUAUUCGAUCCUUUGAAUAGAAAAAUCAACAAAUGUGACCAGCCUUUCAAUGUUGAUUGCGGAGAUCGUUUGGAAUUACAGAACCCAAAAUCAAAUCAUCUAUGUCCACGAAGAAACGGAUACUUUGCCCAUCCAGACGAAAAAAUUUGUAACAUAUUUUACAACUGUAUCGAAGGUGAAGCCACUGAAAUAGUUUGCCCUACGGGAUUACAUUUUGACGAAUAUUCAGGAACUUGCGUUUGGCCUGAGUCAGCCGGCAGAACUGGAUGUGGAGAACCUGAAACAAUGAAAUUGAAAGACGGAUUCUCUUGCCCAAAAGAAGCAGCAUCCGGUAGCCAUGGUCAAGCUGUAGCUCAUCCAGUCUACGCACAUCCCCAAGACUGUCAAAAAUUCUACGUCUGCUUGAACGGAGUCACUCCCAGAGAACAAGGCUGCUCUGUUGGAGAAGUGUACAACGAAGAAUCUCAAAAAUGUGACGAACCAGAAAACGUACCUGGAUGCAAAGACUGGUACAAAAAUCAUCCUCAAUUUAAGAACGUUUACAAUGCAGAUGGUACUAUCGAUUUUGGAAAGAAACGAGUUUUUCACAAUUGACAAACACCUUUGAAAAUUUGAAUUGAAUCCUGCAAAAUGCAAAUGAACUGAUAAUAAUAAAGGUGUAGGUAUGGAUAUUUGUAACAUUACAAUGAGUAUUUUUCAUUGAUAUUCAUUCGUGAAAACGAAGAUAGAUGAAUUUUAUUUUGUAUUCACUUGUUCAUUCGAAAGAAAAGAAUGGUAUCAUUAAUUAGAUGACAUUAGUAUGUAUGUAUAUCAUAUGUCACAACUUAGGCUCCUAUAGGUAGAGGUACGUAGACUGUUCCAACAUUUUUUUUUUUUAAUAUGUAUUUAAUAAUAAAUACCCACCUAGAUAAAAGUGAACUUUUUUUAUUAAAAAAUUUACUACUUAGAUAUUCACACAAUUAGAUAUUUAUAUCUACUUAUGUGCCUCAUAACUUUGUAAAAAUUAUGGGUAGGUAAAUAAAAUAAUUUUUGUAAAAUUAGGUGAGUAUAGUUCUAAGGUAACUAGAACAAAAAGUCGGACGAGGGAAGAGAAUACAAUAUGAUUGUACAUAUUGAAUUGAAACAACACAAAAAUUGUAAAAAAAAAUAUAGAUAUAGGUACUUACAUAUAAAAAACAACCAUCAUCACGAGUCAAUUUUUAAAAAAUCGCCAAAAAUCUAUCGGUGAAUAAACUUGGGCAUCUGUUUAGGAUUUGGAUUCCCAGGUAGGUAUCCAAGAAUUUUUCAAAUCUGAAGUGGUGGAUUGGACUGUUUCCCUUGUACGUUUUUCAAAAUUAUCACGACUGCUUUAGAUAUCAGAAUUUAUUUCAAUUUCUUCUGUGACACCCGUCAAUUUUGAUUUUCGACUUCCUAUGCAACAAUUAUGUAAGUAGGUAUAGUAGGUAAGUGUAUUUAGGUAGGUAAGCGGAUAGGUAAACGUGCUGAUGGUAGGAAAGAAAUUGCAUGUUUCGCUCGUUAAAGUUUGAAGUUAUGAAUAUGAGAAAAAACGUGAACGAGUUAAAAGUGCAUUAAACGAGUAAAUAGACAAAUGCAAUUAGUUAGAAUCAAUUUACAGAGAAAGUCACCUUAUUGUGUAAGUACAUUUCUUAAGCACCCACAACACAACUCGUAGGUACGUGAAUGUGGUGAAUAAGUACAAUUAUCAUAAUUUUAAAUUACGAGCAAUUUUAACAUUGGGUUAUUCAUGUUAAUUGAGAGAAAUAUCAUUUAAGAGAACUAUUACUUAUUCCUGUAUUGCAUACAAUGUGCAAAAAAAAUAAAUACCAUCUAACACA